UCAUUUUCCUGCAAGUUGGAGCUUCCUUCUUUCAGUCUUCACAAUAAAUCUUGCUGCUGCUCACUUUUUAGGUCCACACCGCCCCGCGAAGUUCUGCAGCUUUACUCUUAAAGCCAGUGAGACCACGAACCCACAGGGAGGGACGAACAACUCCGGACGUGCCACUUUUAUGAACUGUAACACUCACUGCCAAGGUCUGUAGCUUCACUCCUGAAGUCAGCGAGACCACGAACCCACCAGGAGGAGGAAACUCCAGACACAUCAUCUUUAAGAACUGUAACACUCACUGCGAGGAUCCAUGGCUUUAUUCUUGAAGUCAGCGAGACCAAGAAUUCACCAAUUCCGGACACAGACUUCAUAGUUCUCUGGGCUAGUAUCUUUUUCUGAGACUACAGUUAAAAGGUGGUGAUCUUUUGGAUGGUUUGCAUGAAGUUGCUGUUGUCCAGGGCAUCACCAAGAUUGAAGUCCUCCCCGUCAUCCAACUGGCCAUGGUAGGUGGCGAUCUCAUACUCCUGGGCCUGAUACUGCCCCUCUGCCUGGGAUGCAGCAGGACCACCUCCAGGUGUAGCAGGACCCUGUCGAGCUGCAUAGUGUAGCGGGCCUCCACCUCCCUCAGGCUGUUCUUCAAGCUGACCUUCAGAUUUCUCAUCGAGUCCAGGUCAAUCUCCAAGGACUGGACUGUACAUCUCAGCCCCGUGAACGUCAUCUCAGCAGCUCUGAUCUUGGAGGACUGUGCAGUGACCACUGUGGUGCUCUUCUCAGUCUGCUGGGACCAGUACUUGUCUAGUUCCUCUCGGUUCUUUUGAGACAGCUCAUUGUAUUGGGCCUGGUUGUCUGCCAUGAUCUUGUUGAGGUCCUGAGAUUUGGGGGCAUCUACCUCCACAGUCAACCCAGAGCUGGCAAUCUGAGCUUGUAGGCUUUUUACUUUCUCUUCAUGUCCUUCUUCAUGAAGAGCAACUCCUCCUUGAAAGCCUCAAUCUCUGUCUCCAGCUGCAGCCAAGUGACAUUGGUAUCAUUUAUGACCUUGCAGAGCCCAUGGAUGUUGCUUUCCACAGACUGGCACAUGGCCAGCUCUGUCUAAUACCUGACUUCAGCAGGAAGAUGAGCAUUGUCAAUCUGCAGAACGAUGCAAGAAUCGUCCACAGUAUUUGCAAAGAUCUGAACCCUCAGGUCCUCAAUGGUCUUGAAGUAAUGUCCCCAGCCUCUGACCUGGGGUCCGUUAUUCUCCAGGUGCUCCCAGAUUUUGUUCUCCAGCCUCCAAUUCUUAGUCUCCACGCUCCUCACCCUGUCCACGUGGAAGGCCAGGCAGUGGUUCAGGCUUUGCAUGGUCUUCUUCUCAUUCUGGGUGUCCCCCCUCAUUCCUGCCAGACCCCCACCCAUCCCUGUGGCCAGGCCACCGGACCCCAAGCCGUCCCGGAAGCUGGUGGAGCAGGACACGGAGAUCCGGGAACCAGAGCCCUCUGCGCCUUCACAGACACUGGCCGCUGUUCUGAUCGGUUGGGCGCCGUAGCUGAGUGGCUGGGCAGAGCCCAGGGACCCAUAUUUGGUGGAGAAGGUGGAAUGAGUGGUGAAGCUCAUGCUGUCCGGGAGGAGAGCAAGAGGACAGGACUCAGGUUUUGCCAACAAUGCAAGCUGAUCUUAAAAUGGGCAAAGGGCUUGAAAGCUGUUUCUCCGAAGAAGAGAUACAAAUGGCUAAUGAGCACGUGAAAAGAUGCCCCACAUCACUAACCAUUAGGGAAGUGUAAAUCAAAACCACAACAAGAUACCCCCUUAUACACAACGCAAUAGCUAUCAUUAAAAACAACAACAACAGAAAAUAACAAGUGUUGGUGAGGAUGUGGAGAAAUUGGAACACUUGUGCAUUGCUGGCAGGAAUAUAAAAUGAUGCCACUCCUCAAGUAUACAUAUGUAACAAACCUGCACGUUAUGCACAUGUAUCCUAGAACUUAAAGUAUAUAAAAAAAAAAAAAAACCUGGAAAAUUGACAAAGGACUAAAAGGAGGGCUUUUGGGGUAUUUCCCCCAAUCCUGGUUCAACAGACAUUUACUUAUUACUUACUAUAUGUAAUUGCUACCUUUUAUGUAUCUAUAAAAUAUAUGUGACAGAAACACAUACAAAAAAAAAAAAA